GGCCAUACCCCUGGGAACAGAGCAUCCAAUACCCAAGCCGUUUUUCAUAGAUGUCAGCACUAAUAGCGGAUACGCUAGCAAUUUAGGUCGACUUAGAUGCUAUUGGUGACCAACAAUGCGUUACGGGAAGAGUUACUAAAUCCUCCAAGGUCUCGAGAGAAGGUGCGAGUGGGUCGAGCUUGGACAGGGUCGGGACCCUGCAAAUUACAAGCGCUCCGCACUGCAAUAGGACUACGAGAGAGGGGUAUGCUGCAGAUUGACAGUAUAAAUUAGAUGUAUUUAUUGCGCAAGCAUGACAAUUCAUGGAGGCUACGAUGACUGGUCAAUGAGGAAUCCACUUUUCUCCAGGUUAUGAUCGAAAUCAAGGGCGUAUCUCCGACGGGUAGGAAGGGGAUCAGUCGAUAGGUUGGGAGUUCGGUUGCGAAUAGGGAAAAGAAGAAGAGUGUCUAUAGAUAAAAUGUAAAUAGAGUAUAUCGGUUGGGCAAUUGAGAGAGCGGAAAGGUCUAUGUAAUUUACUGAACUAAUCACCUUUUAUACUAACUCGGCCCCAGCCACGAGUGCUCAUGUAAUCCCUGCGCUAAUAUUAUAAAGCAACCAACAGGAUUACGAAUUACCAACAGGAUUACGAAUCACCAACAGGAAAGGAGAUCGCGGGGAAAGAAUGGUGCGAACUCAAGGAUUAUAGGUUGCAGGUUAAUCUCGAUCCCGCCAUAUAAGUAUGCCAUUAUUGCCGUGUCACGCCAUAUCAUAACUUAUUGUUAUACUCGAGCUCCGGUUCAUCUCUGCAUUUAGUAAGGACUUGUGACACUGAACCACGACGUUAGGCCGAUCGUUCCUUCAAAGACAAAUUAAAUAUAGAUCCUUUCCUCCAAAAUGUCAUCUCAAACUCGCACCGCCAUUCAAAUUGUCGGUCCCGGUGGCGCCGAACUUCGCUCCGAUGUCACUUACCCCCGACUCCGCGACGAAUACAUCAUUGCCGAGACGAAAGCCUUUGCGCUGAAUCCGACCGAUAACACCCAUAUAGAUGGCUUCGGAGGCCCGGGGACGAUCGUCGGUUGUGACUGGUCAGGGGUCGUCGUGGAGGUUGGAAAGUCCGUCACGCGGUUCAAGCCCGGGGAUGAGGUGUAUGGUGCUUGCCAUGGAGGUAAUACUGUCGAACCUGAAGACGGUUCCUUCUCCGAUAUAGUGAUCUGCAAGGAACACGCCACGUUUCACAAGCCAACUCAUUUAAGCUUCGAGGAAGCGGCGUCUCUGGCCGUCGGGCUCAUUACUGUUGGUCAGGCCUUCUAUAAGAAUAUGGACUUGACCUGGCCGUCGAUCAGCUCGACUGUGGACUCGAGCUCGGAGUCUACUGGCGUGACUAGCCCCGGUCCUUCGAUAUUGAUCUACGGCGCUAGCUCGGCGACGGGGACCAUUGCGAUCCAGAUAGCCAAGUUAUCCGGCUACACCGUGCACGCCACUUGCUCACCCGCCAACAACGCCCUCGUCGCCUCCCGCGGAGCAGACUACAUCUACGACUACAACAACCCAAACACUAUGUCAACAAUCAUUGCCCAAUCCGCCACCAACCCAAUUACUUACAUCCUCGACUGCAUAGGCAAUGACUCCACCAGCACAGACUGCAGCAAGAUCCUCCCCGCGACAGGCGGCCACUACCAUUCUGUCGGAUGGCCCCUACCGAGCCCCUUCAAGGAGCUGCGGCCCGAGGAAAGCGCAAAAGCUACCUCCGCGCUGGGGUACACGAUGGUAGGCGAGCAGUUUGAGUUCCCUGGGGGCUUGGUCUUCGAGGCGGAUGCGGAGGAAGAGGCGUUUGGGAAGAGAUGGGGGAGGGUUGCGGGGGAGCUGGUGAGUAGGGGGCUUGUCAGGCCGCAUGAGGUGGAUGUUAGGGGUGGUGGAUUACGGGGCGUUUUGGAAGGGUUGCAGGAGUUGAAAGCGGGAGGGGUGAGGGGAAAGAAGCUUGUUUAUUCUAUUUGAAGCGCUGGCGGAAGGCUGUGGGAAUAGUUAGUGGCUUUAGGAUGGGGGUUCGGAGUUGAAACAUCAUUGCUUCUGUGGGAUUGAAUUGGGCACUUGGGACAGGCCGAUACUGAUAGGUAGGGCUUGCGGGGAAUGCCUGACAGCCUGAGGACACCCGGGUGGAGUUUAAAAUUAAGAGAAUAUUGAGAGGGCACGUACACCUUAUUAAUUAGUAAAGCAAGGGAUCAAAUACAUUGGGGAAAUAACCUAUGAGAGUAAAUCUGAG